AAAUCAUCUGAUAAGAAACAUCGAGUUAAAGAUCAACAGUGGUUCGAGUUGUGGACCAACAGUCCGGCUGAGCGGCAGGACGCUAAUUAGUUUCUCGAAGAAGACACAGCAACUGCAAACCCGAAGGGCUGAGAAUUUAUUUUAGACAAACAAUGAGUGACCACUCGGAAAAAAGAACAAGUAUAUAUUACGCACAAAGUCACAACUUGAAUGAUCCGCAAUCACAUAGAUAUAUUGAGAACAAUUGACAAUUUAUAAGAAGCAUCAUGACUGGUCAAAUUCAAAGUUUUCAAAAAGUUUAAAAUUUGUUUCUGCUUAAAAUCUCAAAGUUGAAGAUGCUCAGUGUCAAGUCAAUCGUUCUCUUUGUUACUUUAGUAGCAACUUGUACUGCCCAAAUCACGAACUAUUUGAACCCUGACGUGUUUCGAACAAUCGGUGAGCAGCAACUUCAAGCGCCCCCUUUACACCACCACUUCAACCUUUCGUUUAACUUAAACACUUACGAGAACACAAUUCAUGAGGUGCUUCCAAAAAACUCGUCCUACCAAGUCCGUUCACCAAGCGCCGCUACCAAUGGUGUCAUCACGCUUACUAUUCCCCUGCAUCACGUAUCCAUGCGUGGCAUGUACUUCACCACACUCAGCUUGACACACGGAGACCAGACCACAGUACUCCAAAAUAACACUGGCAGCUUCAGAUUAAUGAUGAGCGAACUGGAUUUUCGAUUUAGGAUUAAUUUUUUCUUUUCACUAAACGGGAUAGUCCUCGAGACGAACGACUGUUUAACCAACAUAGGCGACGUCGACUUCACUCUCACGGAAUUGGAUGGCCGACCAAAACCAAUUGAAUUGACCGCCAUUAAACACUUAAUGGAGAUGGAAGUGAAGGGACAAUACGGAAGCAUGUUCUGCUCCACACUAAGCGCUAUUACUUCCCGAGCGGUUCCUUCACCACUUUAUGACGCGAUCGGAAACAGGAUAGUGGGAGCGUUGGAGAUGAAUUACCAGUAAGUAUAAGGAAAUCUGGUUAAGAAAUCAACCAGAUGAACUUUUGCAAUUUGGAUGGAAGAUGUCGUUAAUAUUAGACGUGCACCAAAAUGUCUGAUAUCCUUUAUCAAGCUUAUACAUUUUAAAACUUUGUACGGCUGGUUUAUUCGCCAUACUUUAUCAAGACGUGCACCAAAAUGUCUAAUACCUUUUAUUAGGCUUAUACAUUUUAAAACUUUGUACGUCUAGUCAUUUGCCAUGCUUUAUCAAGACGUGCGCCAAAAUGUCUAAUACCUUUUAUCAAGCUUAUACAUUUAAAACGUUUGUACGUCUGGUUCAUUCGCCAUGCUUUAUCAAGACGUGCACCAAAAUGUCUGACAUCUAGCCUAUUCAUUUUAAACCUUUUGUACGUACAGUCGAGGUCAUGUGCCAUACUUUAUCAAUGAUGUUGUACAUUAACACGGUAUUCUGUCACUUGUUAACUGCCAUAGAUAUGACUUGUAGUCCAGAACUUCUGUAAUGCGUAUCUAACACGUUGUUAACACUAACAUCAGGUUUCAUCCCAUUUUUGUUUGCUCGAAUUCAUGUUUUGUAUGUUCGAUGUAUUUAAUGUAUAUGGUCGUUAUGAAGUAAAAGAUCUAUUCAUAUUUCAUGCGUUUAAA